AUGGAUAAACACAAUAGUUCCGAAUUAUUGAAUUCAGACUUUUCUCUCUCUAAAAAUGCAAGCUCCGACUCAUUAGAUUCUGACUCUAAAUCUAGUUCAUUGAAUUCUAAACAUGGACAGGAAUCCUCUCAUAUACUGGGUGAUAUACAACUUCUGGAUGGUGAGAAAGUGAUGGGGGUCGCUAGAGAUGUUACUUAUCUGUGCCCAUACAGCGGUCCAUCAAGAGGUGUUCUAAAAGUUACUAAUUACCAGUUGCAUUUUCGACCAACUGAUGUCACAUCUCUUCAGGCAACAUUAAGUGUUCCUUUGGGUGUUGUCUCUAGGAUUGAAAAAGUCGGUGGUGCUUCAUCAAAAGGUGAAAACUCCUAUGGGAUUGAAGUGUUUUGUAAGGAUAUGCGUAAUCUAAGAUUUGCACACAAACAGGAAAAUCAUUCCAGACGUGGGAUAUUUGAGAAACUGCAGCAACUUGCAUUUCCUCUUUCUCAUAGAUUGCCACUUUUUGCAUUUAGCUAUUCUGAGAGUUUUACAGAAGAUGGCUGGCAAGUGUAUGAACCAGUUGUUGAGUUAAGACGCAUGGGUGUUAACAAUGAUAUGUGGCGGAUAACAAGAAUCAAUGAUAAGUAUGAGAUUUGUGAUAGUUAUCCAUCUGUGUGGGCUGUUCCCGCUGCUGCCAACGACGAUCUAUUACGUUCGGUUGCUGCUUUCCGUUCCCGAGGUAGAAUACCUGUGCUGGCUUGGAUACAUCCGAGUUCCCAAGCAACAAUUACCAGAUGCAGUCAACCUUUAGUUGGGGUCAGUGGAAAACGUAGCCGAGAAGACGAGAGAUACAUACAGCUAAUAAUGGAUGCGAAUGCGCAAGCUCAUAAGCUCUUUAUAAUGGAUGCGAGGCCCAGUGCUAACGCUAUCGCCAAUAAAGCUAAAGGUGGAGGAUACGAAUCAGAAGACGCAUAUCAAAACGCAGAGUUAGUGUUUCUGGAUAUACACAACAUUCACGUGAUGAGAGAGAGUUUACGCAAAUUGAAGGAGUUGUGCUUCCCGCAGAUAGAUCAAACAAGAUGGUUUAGUGGUAUAGAAGCAACCUGUUGGCUGAAGCAUAUAAAAUGUAUAUUGGCUGGUGCUGUGAGAAUAGUUGAUAAGGUAGAGAACCACAAGACAUCCGUCCUCGUGCAUUGCUCGGACGGUUGGGAUCGGACUGCGCAGCUCACUGCGCUUGCGAUGCUAAUGUUAGAUCCCUACUAUAGGACCCUUCGGGGUUUUCAAGUGCUCAUUGAGAAGGAGUGGCUCUCUUUCGGCCACAAAUUUCAGUUGCGCAUAGGCCACGGCGACGAGCGCCAUUCAGAUGCGGACCGCUCGCCCGUGUUCGUGCAGUGGGUAGAUUGCGUGUGGCAACUUCAGCAGCAGUUCCCCACGGCUUUCGAGUUCACUGAGCGCCUCCUAAUCACGAUCGUCGACCACCUGUACUCGUGUCGUUUUGGUACAUUCCUCUUUAACACUGAACGAGAGAGGGCUAAAGAAGAAGUAAAGACUAAGACAGUCUCACUAUGGUCAUACAUAAACAGCAGACAAGACCUCUAUUUGAAUCCAUUGUAUUGGGCUCCGAGUGCGUUCGGUCCAAACACCCCCCCUUCGCCGUACGCCCGACCGCAGACAGUUUUGGUUCCAGUCGCGUCUCUGAGAAUUAUUAAGCUGUGGAAGGCGUUAUACUGCAGGUGGAACCCAACAAUGCGCCAACAGGAUCCAAUAUUUCAACGUACCCGAGAGCUUGUAGCGCUGCGCGCGCAGCUAGAGGCUGCUGCAGCUGCCGCAGCCGGUGACCACGCGGCGCGGCAACAUCGCCUGGCCCUCACGCCACCCCGCGUUGCCAGUCCGCACCACGUCUGA